AGAUGAGCGCCCCGCCCCCACUCCAUGUGCAACCCCGCUGGACCCGGGGCUGGAAAGCUGCACAUUAGCCUGCUCGCCUCUGCAGGAAGGGAAACUGAGGCUCGGCGACCGUGGAGGGGCGGGUCCCAGAGCACGAGUCCCCGCCCCCUAUGGCCCCGCCCCGGCCAGUAAGAGCCCCGAGCGCGAGGCUGGGCGCUAAGUGGGGACAGCGGACGACGGCGCGAUGGCAGCGCAGCGGCUGGGCAAGCGCGUGCUGAGCAAGCUGCAGUCCCCGUCGCGGGCCCGCGGCCCGGGGGGCAGCCCCAGCGGGCUGCAGAAGCGGCAUGCGCGAGUCACGGUCAAGUACGACCGGCGGGAGCUGCAGCGGCGGCUGGACGUGGAGAAGUGGAUCGACGGACGCUUGGAGGAGCUGUACCGCGGCAGGGAGUCAGACAUGCCGGAUGAGGUCAACAUCGAUGAGCUGUUGGAACUGGACAGUGAAGAGGAAAGAUGCCGGAAAAUCCGGGGACUCUUGGAAGCUUGUGCAAAUCCCACAGAGGACUUCGUCCAGGAGCUGCUGGCCAAGCUUCGGGGCCUGCACAAACAGCCGGGCUUCCCGCAGCCCAGCCCCUCAGACGACCCCAGCCUGAGCCCCCGCCAAGACCGGGCCCACACUGCCCCGCCCUGACUGCCCGCCUCUGCGCUCCACCCCCAAAGCCCAGAUUGUUUCUAAGUUGUAUUUAAUGGUUCCGUAAAUGCCUCUGGUGUCUGGAUUUUCCUCUUCUCAUUGCCCUGACCUUCUGCAGCCCCUGUCCUUGGUCCCUCAAGCCACAGCUGGUCCUGACAGACUGAGAAACAUUCUUCCUGGCCACAGAGCCUGAGAACAUACCCUACUGACCCUGAGGCGUCUUGGAGACUUGCAUCCUGUCCCCACCUCCCUCAUAUGGACCCAGUCCCAGCUCCUGGGGAAGGCCAGGGCCAGAUCCCCGGUUCACGGGGUAUGUGUGCGGCCCACUGUGACCCCGUGUCAUCUUUCCAUAGGGCAUCACAGAGCGACGAGGCCAUUGGUCCACUCUCUGUAGGAGCCGAGGCCACAGAAUAGCAGUAUAUGGCAUUAAAGUGGGAGAGAA